AUGAACUUUUUAAUCAAUGGAAUCGAACGUCGUGUCGGUAUUGACUUGAAUAAUGAUGGAUAUAUUGGAGGAGAAGGUUUUAUGAGUAAACUCGAAAGAGUGACACACAUUGAUUUCAAUCGUGACAACAUCAUUGGCCGUCCAUAUGAUGUACCAUACUAUGCUCCAACCAUCCUACAUCCUCCGGCAACCUACUUUGGUGGCUAUUCGUCGGCACCAUAUGCUGGAUUCACCUAUGCUCCAACACGUUUUGCCUACUAUUAA